GUUGGAGUGAGUGAAAAGAAAACACGGCUCAUUCUCAUUGCCGCGCGCCACAUUGCAAAAGUGCUUCAGCGAGUUACUGUGUGCCGAGAUUGACAUAGAAAUAGUGUGACAAAAUGAAGAAUAUACUCCUUGUGGUGUUGCUAGUUCUGCCGGCGAUUCUCUUCACCGCGAACAGUGGAAACAAAUUGGUUGCAUGGGCGGAGGAUGAGAUUGAGGACGAGGUGGUGGACGUUGAGGGCGAGGACGCUGCCAUGGUGGGGGAGGACGUGGAACCCGAGGAGGAGGGCGAUUCUACAGCCUCUCCAGACGCAGACACUUACCUCCUGUUCACUCAGCCCACACACAGUCCAGGGAAUCAACUUGAGCUGCCGGCCGGACAUCCCGUUGACUUCCUGGUAGGCUUCCUGAACAAGGGCAGCGAGGACUUUGUGAUCGAGACCGUGGAGGCAUCUUUCCGGUAUCCAAUGGACUUCAACUACUUCAUCCAGAAUUUCUCUGCCAUCGCGUACAAUCGCGAAGUGAAACCGCGCAGCGAGGCCACAGUUUUGUACACAUUUAUCCCCUCAGAACACUUCGGCGGACGGCCUUUCGGGCUGAACAUUGCCCUGAGCUACAGAGACGCCAGUGGGCAGCAGUUCUCCGAGGCUGUCUUCAACGAGACUGUGCAGAUCUUCGAGGUGGAUGAGGGCCUAGAUGGCGAAACGUUCUUCCUGUACGUGUUCCUGGCCGGAAUUGUGGUGCUCUUGCUGGUGGUUGGACAGCAAUUCCUCGCGGGAUCCGUGGGCAAGCGGAAGAGGGGAAAUGUGCAGAGGAAGACCAUCGAGACGGGCACAAAUAGCAACGACGUCGAUUACGAUUGGCUUCCAGAGGAGACUCUGAGGGCUCUCCAAAAGUCACCCAACUCCAAGCUGUCACCGAAGAAGGCCUCCGGAAAGCACCACAAUCAACAGAGUCCAAAGCAGCGCAAGGCGAAGCGCACCGCUGGAUCCGAUGAUUAGACAUCAUCUCGAUUCUCAGAGCAUCUCAGCACAUCAUCCGUUCAUUGAGAGAUUGACCCGGUCACUAUGGAGAGUGCGUUGUUUGUGUGACAAGAUAAAGACUGGAACUUCUUCA